AUGACUGGAAUUAUAGUUUUAUUCAGCAGUUUUGCCCUUAAUUUAUUGCAUUUGGCCUUGACUUUUGAUCCUUCUCCUUUACAAGAUUUCUGCGUUUUUGAUGCCAAAAGACCCGGAUGCAAGGACCCGAGGAUUGUUACCGCCAACGACUUCUUCUACAGAGGGCUGCAUUUGCCAUCAAACACGAGUAACCCCUACCGGGCCGGGCUGAAAGUAGCCGGGAUCCCGGACCUUAACGGUCAAGGGCUGACGCUGGCCCGCCUCGACUUCCGGCCAAAUGGAUUCUUCCCGCCCCACUAUCACCCGAGGGCGGCCGAGAUUCUCACCGUUCUAGAAGGCUCCUUGGAAGUCGGAUUCGUGACGUCAUACCCUAACUACAAACAUUACCCUAAAGUUCUUAACAAGGGCGAUGUCUUCGUCAUCCCGGUCGGGCUUGUCCACUACCAGCGCGGCGUCGGGAGGGUGAACACGGUGGUUCUGUCGGCGCUCAAUAGCCAGAACCCCGGAAUUGUGGAAGUUGCCGCCGGUAUAUUUGGUGCCAAGCCUGUGAUUGAUAGCAAUUAUCUAGCAAAUGCUUUUAGAUUGAAUAAGGGAAUUGUGGAGCGGCUUCAAUCCAAGCGUUGGUCUUGA